UCGGGUGCUGAUGAGAUUGGAGAAGUGAACCGGUGAUGCUUUGUGUUUUCCUUUAGAUUUUAAUGCUUUUGUGUAGAUUUAUAGCCCCUGAUUUCUGCAUUUACGCAAGACAAUUUAGGAGACAGUCCUGAGUCUGACUGGGUUCGAGAUAAACAGACUACGAUUAAAUCACAUUGAAGAUGUCUGACAGAAGUGACCUGAAAGCAGAGCUUGAGCGCAAAAAACAGCGCUUAGCCCAGAUUCGAGAGGAAAAGAAGAAAAAGGAGGAAGAGAGAAAAAAGAAAGAGUCUGAGAUGCUACAGAGAGCAGAGAAUGUGUCUGAAGACUCAGAUCUAGACAGAAAGAGACGAGAGACAGAAGCUUUGUUGCAGAGUAUUGGAAUUUCACCAGAACCACCUUUAGUGCAGCCGCUGCAGCUUUUAACAUGGGAUACCUGUUAUUUUCAUUAUUUAGUCCCAACCCCUAUGUCUCCCUCUUCGCUAUCAGUGAGUCCGCCCAGUGAAACUGGAAGUCAGGAGUCCAUAGAUGGAGGGACAGUGGAAAGGACAUUACAAUGGGACACUGACCCUUCAGCUCUUCAACUUCUUGCAGAUUCUAUGCAUGGGUGCAGGAUGCAAAGGCUUGGAGCAUCAAAAAUUGUUCAGAUUGACUUCAUGCCAAAAGAACUGGUGACAUACUCUAAAGAGACACAAACGCCUGUCGCACCUGAUCAGUCCGAAGAGGAAGAAGAUGAGGAGCUAUUGGUGACCAAACCUGAGCCUGUGCCACAACAUCCAGAGGAGGAGAUCUCUCAGGAGAAAGUUCAUCCCAGAGAACUGACCAGUGAGGAGAAAGAACAGAUUAUUCACUCAGAAGACUUCCUGUUUUUCUUUGAUCGAAGCAUCCGUGUAGUAGAGAGAGCCUUGGCUGAGGACACAGACAUUUUCUUUGACUACAGUGGGCGUGAUAUGGAGGACAAAGAAGGGGACAUGCAAGCUGGAUCAAACCUGUCCUUUAAUCGACAUUUCUAUGAUGAACAUUGGUCCAAACAUCGAGUCGUCACAUCCCUCGAUUGGUCACCACAGUAUCCUGAAUUGUUAGUGGCCUCAUACAACACUAAUGAAGAUGCACCUCAUGAGCCGGAUGGAGUUGUGCUUGUCUGGAACUUAAAGUUUAAAAGGACAACCCCAGAGUACAUAUUUCAUUGUCAGUCCUCUGUGAUGUCAGUGGGCUUUGCUCAGUUUCAUCCUAACCUGGUGAUUGGAGGGACAUACUCAGGGCAGAUAGCACUGUGGGACAAUCGAAGCCACAGAAGGACCCCAGUGCAAAGGUCACCACUGUCUGCUAGCGCACAUACUCAUCCCAUAUACUGUGUGAAUGUAGUUGGUACACAAAAUGCUAACAACCUGAUCACAGUAUCCACAGAUGGCAAGAUGUGUUCCUGGAGUCUGGACAUGCUGUCACAGCCUCAGGAGAGUAUGGAGCUGAUCUACAACAAGUCAAAGCCUGUAGCAGUCACCUGUAUGGCCUUCCCUCCAGGUGAUGUCAAUAACUUUGUGGUAGGAAGUGAGGAGGGCACAGUUUACACAGCAUCCCGCCAUGGCAGUAAGGCUGGUAUUGGUGAAAUGUAUGAUGGGCAUCAGGGUCCUGUGACUGGAAUCAGCUGCCAUAACGCUGUGGGUCCAGUCGACUUCUCCCAUCUGUUUGCCACUUCCUCUUUUGACUGGACGGUCAAACUGUGGUCGACCAAACAUAACAAGCCCCUCUAUUCCUUUGAAGACAAUGCAGACUAUGUGUAUGAUAUCAUGUGGUCUCCAGUACAUCCAGCCGUCUUUGCUACAGUAGACGGCAUGGGUCGCCUGGACCUUUGGAACCUUAACAACUACACAGAGGUGCCAUCUGCAAGUGUGACAGUGGAGGGGGGAUGUGCUCUAAACCGGGUCAGAUGGGCAUCAGGGGGCAGAGAGGUAGCAGUGGGGGAUUCAGAAGGCCGUGUUUGGAUCUAUGACGUAGGAGAGAAGUUAGCUGCGCCCCAUACGGAAGACUGGAGUAAAUUUGCCCAUACUCUUAUGGAGAUUCGGGCAAACCGAGAUGGAGAGGAGGAACGAAUUGUGGAACUGCCUGCCUGAGAGCCACACAUGCAUACCUUAACACAUACACGCACUCACGUUUACAUUCAAUGAGACAAGUAAAGAUAUGCCAGAACAGAUGCCAGAAAUAAACCGAAUCACACAUCCACGCCGCUGUGAUUGCAGAUCUUUUUUGCCUACAGUCUAUUAAUAGCAUGGGUGUUAAUUAGCAAUAACACACAGGUGGAAAAAAGCUUAAGCUAAUGUUAAUUAAAGGCUUGAAAUGAUUGUAUAAGAGUGAGCCGGUGUGAUCUUACUGUAACAGAAGAAUUGUAACCUCAUUUGAUAUUUUAACAUACUUUAAAUUAGUAAAUGGACACAUUUAUAUUUGGAUACACCUGGAUGGUAUAACUCAAGAGCAUUGCAUUAGCAAUAGAGAAGGUCAUGGGUUCGAACCCAGGGAACACACAUUCUGAUAUAAAAUGUAUACCUUGUAUGCACUGUCUGCCAAAUGCAUCAAUGUAAAUGUGUAAAUGGAUACUCAGUUUGUGUAUGCCAUUGUGUAAAAAAAAGUAUUACAUCACAGCUUAUUUAUGCUGUCAUGAAUAUGACUUUACUUGAAGCAUUUUACCUUUUAAUUUUGUAUGUGUGUAUAAAUGACACCAACACGGAAAUAAGUGCAUUAUAAUGCUACUGUAAAGCGUUGCGUCCUCAAUAAAGGUCAUCGUGUCUCACA